AUGAGCAGACGAAAACGACGACGACGAAGGAGACUUGUCAUGGCGUGGCUUGAUCUGGUUGUGCUUGUGCUGCUAGUAGGUUCAGUGGUGACCCCCGUGUCCCACGCACAAGAUCCUCAAAUCAACACUACGUCAUCAUCGUUGUUUCCCUAUUCCUUUGAGGAUUUGCCCCGGUGCCACCAGACAUCGGCGGAAUUGACGGCGGUGAAUCGAACGACGGCCGUGGAUCCUUGCAUUCUCUACGACACUCUGGAAGAACUUUCUGCAAAUGCAACAAUGAGCAAUGUGACGACUAUCAUUACGGUAGUGGGCGUGUUCAGUUCCGACUCGGACAAUUCUCGCGAUGGUGGAAUGGUGGCGGUCCAAGCCCUGAAUGCCGACAAUGAUGGACGGGGAGCGGCCAUUGGCUACUACAAGGAUCACUAUGUGCAAUUUCGAUUCCUCGCUGGUGUGGCCGGCAAUCGCAAUCAGUUGGGACCUGAUGCGUACGCCACAGCCCAUCAGACCAUGCUUCGCAUUUUGUUGGAGGACGUCAAACCAAACUACAUUUUGGGCACGCGCAGUUUCGACGCGGCACUGGAACGACCCAUUGCAGGAGAAUAUCGCACCAUGCUACUCGCCCAAGUCGGUCCGCAAUCCUUUUACACCUCCUCCUCCGAAUCGAAUCAUCACAUUUUUGGAGCUCACAUUCCCAGUGAAGGAUACGGAAUUCCCGCCUUUCAAGCUUUGCGCUUUGCCGUCAACACGGACCGACAACAGCCAAUCCGCAUCGUCUACCGCGAUCGAUCCGAAUUCUUUUACAGUACCUGUCGAGCCGUCUACGAUCGAGCCAUGGAGGAAGGUUUUACACAACAAACAGAAGCCAUUGAAUACAAUCCCAAUGAUGAUCAUGAUCAGGAUGGAAUUCCCAAUCAGGACGACAUUGACUUUUUACAAGGCGUCGCCGAUCAAGCGUGCAGUGGCAAUGACGACGACAACACGGGAGUUGCCAUUUGGGCCUGUUUAAUGUCGGACACCGAAGUCAAUACUGUCCUCGAUCGAUGGCGUCACAAUGGUUGUCGCUUCAACAUGUUGUGGCUCACUGUGGCAUCCUGGGCAUGGGCACAACGAUUUCCCGACAUGGUCCCCUACAUUCAAUCGGGAGGACAAUGGCAUAAAUCCAUGAAAUACGCCGACGAGUACUUUGACAGUGGACAAGCCAUGCUGGAUCACAUGACACGACAAUUUGGAUACGUACCCAGUUAUAGCGCACUGGGAGCCUACCAUGCCAUUUAUCUCAUGUAUCAAAAUGUCCGCAAAUUCUUUCAGGGCAAGGAUCACCCGCAAGUGGCACAAGUGUUUGCGUCUCCCGCGCAAUACGAAGAAUUGCGUCGCAGCAUGUUGGAUUUGAGUUUGCCUCAUACGUUGUACGGACCCACGUCGUUUGACGAACAUCGACGCAAUGCUGGACGAGGGAGUGCCGGAAUGCAAUGGGAUGUGCCCGAACAAACAACAACGACGACAAACAAAACAGCGGACAAAUUUGAAUUGUUGCUCGUGUCGCCCAUCGAUCAGGCCACCACUGCGGUACGAUUUCCUGCACCGGCUGCACGGUCUUGCCCGCCUGGAUCCUUUGUCAAUGCGUCCAAAAUUUUCAAUUCCACCGCCCUGCUCGAGGACAAGUGCGAUGCGUGUCCCGUGGACACCUUCCAACCAGACGACGAAGACGACAAUCAUCGUAAUGAAUACGCCUGUCGCCCGUGUCCCGAGGGAUCAGGUACCGAUGGAGAAACGGGAGCGACCAUUUGCGUGCAGUUGCAAGACAAUCUAGUCUCGGCCGGACUCCAUGUCUUUGGAUACCUUGUCAUGGUCGUGGUCUUUUGCUUGGCCAUUGGUUUUGCCGUUUGGACCAUCAUUCAUCGAGAAGAUCCCGUGGUGCGGAUUGGACAGGUGGAAUUCCUCUUGUUGAUUUGUUUAGGACCCAUCAUUUCCAGUUCAUCCAUUGCACUAUUGUCGGUACAGGCAGGGUCUCUGGACGACGAAUCUAAUGCCAAUAGAGCGUGCAAAGCAUUGCCGUGGUUGUACACCACCGGAUGGAUGCUCCAAUAUGGAAGUCUCAGUGCCAAAUCCUAUCGCAUGUACUCGACCAUGAAAGCUGCCGAAACCAUGCAGGGAGGAAGAACUGCCCGAAAGUCCUCCGAUGUGGUUUCGAGUGGUUCUGCGGCUACACCUUCCUUCACAAUUGACGUCAACGAAGCAAGGCUAGCUACGGCCGAUGACGAUCGGUUGUUGUAG